UUGAAUAUUGAGUAGUUUCAUAAAUGAAAGGUGUCUAUUGAACUGUUGUUUUGUGAAAUUAUUUUGUAUUGCUUUUGAUACAUAUGAAAAUGAUAUAAUUAAUUAAAGUUUCUGAGUGAAGACCAACAAUAACCUUGUCAGUUAUUUUGAUCAGACCUUCAAAAAAUUGACUAGUGGACAAAAGUACGAUACCUAUGCUGCAACAUUAGUAAACAUAAAAACUUGUGAAAUCGUAAAAUCGAUGUGCUGUUAACUGUUCUGUAUUCCUCAGGGCGUUUAAAAGUGUAACACUCCUUAGAGGACAGGUUUCUUUGUACGGUCAAAUAGGAAUCGUUAAAGAUUGACUCCGUGUGGGGUUGGGCUUCGCCCCCGCUGCGGUUGCAGCUGGGUAACUCUCGCGGACACAAGAGCAUAACACAAGCUGAAUCUCGCGGGCCGCAUGCUGCCCUUUGGGCUUUCCGUCCGGCCCGACGCCAUAUUGUUUGAGGCCCGGAACAUGAAGAUGGGCGAGGGCGGGUCGCCGGGGGGCGGGGGCGGCGGCGGCGGGGCGCGGCUGUCGCACACGUCGGAGAAGCACCCGCGCGCCAUCCUCGGCGAGCUGUCCGCGCUGCGCCGCCACCGCGAGCUCUGCGACGUCGUGCUCAACGUCGCCAACAGAAAGCUCUUCGCACACCGUGUGAUCCUGUCAGCAUGCAGCCCGUACUUCCGCGCGAUGUUCACGGGCGAGCUGGCGGAGUCGCGCGCCACCGAGGUCACCAUCCGGGACGUGGACGAGCAGGCCAUGGAGCAGCUCGUCGAGUUCUGCUACACCGCACACAUCGUCGUUGAAGAGAGCAACGUACAGGCGUUGCUCCCCGCGGCAUGCCUACUACAGUUGCAGGAGAUCCAGGACGUAUGCUGCGAGUUCCUGAAGCGCCAGCUGGAUUGCUCGAACUGCCUCGGCAUCAGAGCCUUCGCCGACACACACUCUUGCCGAGAACUGCUACGGAUCGCAGACAAAUUCACACAACAAAACUUUCCUGAAGUGAUGGAAAGUGAAGAGUUCCUAUUGCUGCCAGCGGCGCAGCUGAUCGACAUCGUGUCCUCAGACGAGCUCAACGUGCGCUCCGAGGAACAGACCUUCCAAGCCGUCAUGUCCUGGGUCAAAUACAACGUGGCUGAGAGAAGACAACAUUUAGCCCAGGUUCUACAACAUGUCCGCCUGCCUCUACUAAGUCCCAAGUUCCUCGUGGGCACAGUGUCGUCGGAGCUGUUGAUCCGGUCGGACGACGCGUGUAGAGACUUGCUGGACGAAGCCAAGAACUACCUACUGCUGCCUCAGGAGCGACCACUCAUGCAGGGACCUAGGACGCGACCGAGGAAGCCUACGAGAAGAGGCGAGGUCCUGUUCGCGGUGGGCGGGUGGUGCUCGGGCGACGCCAUCGCGUCGGUGGAGCGGUUCGACCCGAUGACGUCGGAGUGGAAGAUGGUGGCGCCGAUGUCGAAGCGGCGCUGCGGCGUGGGCGUGGCCGUGCUGCACGAGCUGCUGUACGCCGUGGGCGGCCACGACGGCCAGAGCUACCUCAACAGCAUCGAGCGCUACGACCCGCAGACCAACCAGUGGUGCGGCUCCGUGGCGCCCACGUCGUCGUGCCGCACGUCCGUGGGCGUGGCCGUGCUGGACGGCGCGCUCUACGCCGUGGGCGGCCAGGACGGCGUGCAGUGCCUCAACCACGUCGAGCGGUACGACCCCAAGGAGAACCGCUGGACCAAGGUGGCGGCGAUGACGACGCGGCGGCUGGGCGUGGCGGUGGCGGUGCUGGGGGGCCAGCUGUACGCGGUGGGCGGGUCGGACGGGCAGGCGCCGCUCAACUCCGUGGAGCGCUACUGCCCGCGCAGCAACAAGUGGACGGCCGUGGCGCCCAUGUCCACGCGCCGCAAGCACCUCGGCUGCGCAGUCUUCGACGGACAGAUCUACGCCGUCGGCGGCCGGGACGACUGCACCGAGCUCUCCUCCGCAGAGAGGUACGAGCCCCACACAGACACAUGGUCCCCGGUGGUGGCGAUGACGUCACGGCGGAGCGGCGUGGGGCUGGCCGUGGUCAACGGACAACUCUACGCCGUCGGGGGAUUCGACGGCACCGCCUAUCUCAAAUCUAUUGAAGUAUUUGACCCAGAAUCGAAUCAGUGGCGAUUGUGUGGCGCGAUGAACUACAGACGGCUCGGCGGCGGCGUCGGCGUCAUGCGGGCGCCGCAUCACGAUAACCAUUACAUUUGGAACAGAAAAGACUCAGUGGUGUGAGGUGGUCACACUUGCGCUGUAAGAUAUACCCCCUCCACCUUAUCAGUUAAGUCGUUACUCAUUUACUUUAUUGUUAAUACAAAUAUAUUAUAAUUGACUAUUUAUAAAUUAAUGAAAAUACAAAUUUUAGAAUAUU